CAUUCUUAAUAUUUAUAAAUGCUGUAUAAAAGUAUUAAAAUGAUAGAGUGUAUUAAAAUUAUAUAUAUGAAAUAUUAUCUAUAUAUAAUACACGGUUCAAUAAAAUGAGAAAUGUGACUAUUUGUAGUUUUGUAUACUUUAGAGAUUACGACGCCAUAUAUUGCCUAUACAGAAUUAAAAAGUAUGCUUAUCAUCAAAAGAGUGUAGUCGUAUUAUUGCGAUACGCUAUUGCAACCUUUUCUUGACUUUGUGCAACAAGGUUUCUAGAAAUGUAUAAUCUAAAGAAUUAGAUAUAUUAGCAACAAAGUUUAUAUAAUUUUAAGUGACGUAAAUUUUUUAAAUUAUCAAAAUUUACAUAAAAUCUGUGGUUUAAAAGGUUUUAUGUAAACAUCUACGUUAAGGAAGGAAUAACUAUGGACACAGAACUUAGUUUACCUUCUUCUAAACAAGAGCUCGAAGAGUUGAUAGAAAAAGCAAAAGAUUGGGCACUUAUGCAUGGAAUGUGUAUGAGAUCAAAACAAAAUUUUAAUGAAAACAUCCUACAAUUUGCACCGUUUAUUCUGAUGCCAUCUCCAUUUCCUAGAAAAGAAUUCGAGAACGCUUGUUCGAUUCAAAUAAUAUUAAAUAUACUUAUGCAUAGAGUUGCCCAGGACUAUAAUUUCUUAAAAGCAACUUUAGAAGAAACGAUUAAAGUUGACAAUUUUACCAAAAAGUUAUUUGAAAUCUGUAAAAUUAUAAACAAAGAAGGGGGAUCAGCACAAAAAAUAUCUCUUGGUAUAUUGCGUUCAGACUUAAUGUUGGAUACAUCUUGUCCACAAGAAGAUACAAUUAAGAAAUGUAUACCAUAUUGUUGUUGGAAACAAGUUGAAAUAAAUACAAUUGCAUCUGGCUUUGGUUGGUUAGGACCUGCUUCAACUGAAUUACACAAAUUUGUAUUAAGAGAGCUUGGAUAUUAUAAAGAAAUAAAAAAUCUUCCAGAAAAUAAUGCACUGGAAAUAAUAUGUUCAAGUAUGAUUAAAGCAUGGAAGAUAUAUGGAAAUGAACAAGCAGUAAUUUUAUUUGUUGUUGAAGAUGUUACAUAUAAUAUAUGUGAUCAACGCUUUCACGAAUUUGAAAUUAAGAAACAGAAUCCAAAUGUUAGAGUCAUUCGUAGAAAUUUAACACAAUUGGCAGCUACUGCCAAAUUGGGUUCUAAUAAGGAAUUGAUAGUAGACAGUUAUAUUGUAUCUGUAGUGUACUACCGAUGUGGGUAUGAACCUGGACAAUAUCAUACACAGAAAGAAUGGGAUGUAAGAUUAUUAAUAGAAAGAUCAUUGGCAAUUAAGUGUCCUACCAUACAGUAUCAUUUAGCAGGAACUAAAAAAGUUCAACAAGCACUUGCAAAGCCAGGUGUAAUUAGUAGAUUUUUAAAAAAUGAAAGAACAUGUGCAGAGAUCAAAGAAAUAUUCACUGAACUUUAUGCAUUAGAUUUUGAUGAACGUGGAGAUGCUGCUAUAGAAAUGGGAAUUACAAAUCCACAUUCUUUUGUACUUAAACCUCAACGAGAAGGAGGUUGCAAUAACAAAUAUGGAUUAGAUAUAAAAUAUUUUUUAGAGUCUAUAAAGAAUAAGCAAGACAGAGUAGCUUGGAUUCUUAUGGACAAAAUUCAUCCUCCAAUUCACAAGAGUCAUAUGAUCAGACCUGAAAAUAAUAUGAGUACAGAAUCCCAAGAAUUAGUUUCUGAAUUAGGAAUAUUUGGUGUUAUAAUAGCAGAUGAAAAUAAUGUAUAUCUUAAUAAGCAAAGUGGUCAUAUGUUACGGACAAAGUUAGCUACUGCUAAUGAAGGUGGUGUUGCAUCAGGAUUGGGUGCAUGUGACAGUCCAUUUCUAAUAGAUUGAAGACACAUACAUAAAUUGACAGACACAUACUUUUAAUAAGAUAUGAAAUAAUAUUAUACACGAGAUGAAAUUUUAAUUUGUUAUAGGGAUAUAUUAAAACAGUGUACUGAGUAUUACUUCUCAAAGUCAAAUUUGAUAAGUUAUGCAGCAUAUACAUAAUAUUUUUUAAUAUACAUUAUCAUAAAUAAUUAUCUAUAUAUUCUUUUUUUUAUUUAAAUGUGAAGCUAAAAUUUCUUUUUUCAAAUAUAUGUUUCGUACAUAAUGUUUAUUUUAUAUACAUAUAAAAUGAACCAAAAUGAACAUACUUACUACCAGUGUGUAUUUAAGAUAAUACAUCUUCCAUUUAUUUAUAUGUAAUGGUGUUAUCAUAUUUUAAUAAAAUAAAUGCUUA